CUCGGUACAAACCUAGGCGCGACGGUUCCUGGCCCUAACGUAAACUUAAAUUUCAGAGAGAAUGUGAAGAGAGAGACGAAGUAGAAAAGAGAGAAGAGCGAGAAGAAACUGACAUUUGGCGGUACAGAGAGAGAGCAAACAUUUGGUGGUGAAGAGAAGUUGUAAGGAAGCAAUCACGCUCUGAACUUAAGCGUCAGAUCUAAGAUUCAAUGAAUCCCCACUAAAAUAUUGCAGGGAACCGAUAAUUCAUGGUAAAUCUCUCUUUUCUCUAUCUGUAGUCUCUGUCUAGGAUUUUGAUGCGAUUUCCAUCACGAAGAGAUUCGUUUUCAUGGUGACGAAUCUGUAGUCUAGUGUCUCCAUGUUCUUCUCGUUUUGGUUCACUUUCCAUUUUUCUUAAGAUUGUGAUCAGGACUGGGGAAUUGGCAUAAUUGUUAACAGUGCAGGUUCCGGCUCUGUAAUGGAGGUUUUGUUAUAGAUUGGGAUCGUGGUUUUGAUUUGUUUUUAUGUGGUGUAGUGAUUUCUAGAGUGAGAAAUAGCGAGUUUUAGGGUUUAAUUUUUGGAUCUGGAUCGUAAGUGGUGGCGAGAUGGAAAGGAACAAGAACAGGAAGGAUCUGCUAGCUGCUGGUCGUAAAAAGCUGGAACAAUUUAAAAAGAAGAGAGAGAGCAAAGGUGGUAAAUCAUUUGAUAAAAACAGUAGGCCCGAACAGGAGAUUGCAUCUGUUGAUAAGGAAAACAUGGAGGUUGCUUCGUCAGCUUCACCUAUUCAGAAUGAUGAGGAGAUAGAAUUUUCUUUGUCACAUGCCCUCAAGCAUGAAGAGAGAGAAAUUUCUUUGGCUGCCCCUAUGGAUGAAGAGAGAGAAAGGUCUUCACUAGCCAUGCUGAAGGAUGAAGAGGGAGAAAAUUAUUUGAUGGCUCUUCAUAAGAAUGAAGAGAGAGAGAGUUCCUCGAUGCCUUCCCAGAAGGAUGGAGGGAGAGAGAAAACUUCAUUUUCUGAAAAUAAGGAUGAAGAGAGAGCUAUUGCUUCAUUGUCAAAGGACGAAGAGAGAGACAGAUUUUCAUGGCGUCUGCAGAAGGUUGAAGAGGGAGAAAUUGCUUCAUUGCUUCCUAAGGAGGAUGAAGAGAGAGAAAUUUCCUCAUUGCAUGCAAAGAAGGAUGAAGAGAGAGAAAAUUCUUCAUCUUCACGGAAGGCUGAAGAAAGAGAAAUUGCUUCGUCGUCUUCAGGGAAGGAUGAAGAGAAAGAAAUUGCGUCAUUGACUUCAGAGAAGGAUGAAGAGAGAGAAACCUCUUCGUUUCCCUCAAAGGAGAUGGAUGAAGAGAGAGAUAUUUCUUCAUUGCCUGUAGAGGAGGAACAGGAUAGAAAUAUUUCUUCAUUGUCUCUAGAGAAGGAAGAGGAGAGAGACUCUACUUCAUUGCCUGUAGAUACUGAAGAAAAGAGAGCCAUUCCUUCAUUGCCUGAGCAGAAGGAUGCAGAAAGAGAAUUUUCUCUGUCAGUUGAGCAGGAUUCUCUUGAUGUACAAGUGACUCAUGUGCAUGAUGACAAUGACACAAAACCAAGUGUAAUUCAGCCCAACAAGCACUCUCUUUCUAAUGAUUUGAAGUCCUUGGAGCCAGUUGAUCAGGAAGGAGAUGGUUCGGGGUUGGAUAACCAUGAGAAGCGAUGUGGAAACCAAAUGGUGCCCUUUUCGGUUAUUGAUGGCAUGAACUCUCAGUCUUCAAGCUUUGAGAAAGGCAAGGCUACUUCAUAUGAGAGGACUGACCCACUGCUUGAUAAUAUCAAAGCCUCAAUUGAUUCCCCUCUUGAUGAAAGAAGGUCAACAGCAGAUGAGAGGAAGGUCUCUUCAAACUUGUUUCGAGAGAUGAAUGGUGCAGAAUGUUCUCACCAGGAGUUGUAUGAAACUCCCACUUUGCCUGAACAAUCCAAAGCUGAAGCCGUAAAUAGUUCUGACCAAAAUGAGAAGGGAUCAAUUGCAGAUGAUGGGGAGGUCUCGUUGAGCUUGUUUCAUGAGAUGGGCGACUGGAAAUCCUCUUAUGAGGAGUCUAAAAACCUCACUUUGCCCCAACAAGCUGAAGAUGAAACUGUAAAUGAAUUUGCUCUAAAUGAGAGGGGGUUGAGAGCAGAUGACGGGGAGGUUUCUAAAACCUCAUUUCAUGAGAUGGGUGAUGCAAAAUUGUUUUACCAGGAGUCAUAUGAAACCUCCACUUUGUCUCAAGAAUCCAAAACUGAAGCUGUAAAUAAUAUUACCAAAAAUGAAAAGAGGGAAAGUGCAGAUGAUAGGGAGGUUUCUUCAAGCUUACUUCAGGAGACAUGUGUGUUGCAAUCUUCACUCCAGGGGUCCUCUGAGACACCUACUCUGCCUCAAGAAAUUGAAGCUGUACGCCAUGAUAAAAUUGAAACAUUUGAACUUCUUCCAAUGGAGACUGGCUUUUCACCUAGGAAUGAAGAAUUUGAUGAAGAAGUGAGCAGGCAGCCAAACCUUGUGGAGAGAGUGGUUGUGGACAGAGAUGUGCACUCUGGCAAUGGCUUAGAGUUGCUGGAACAGUUACUCUACCAGACCAGUGUCACAAAAGAGUGUUUUCAUAUGCAACUCAUUGAACUGAUCCAGAUGCUGAUGGAGUCUGAUAAACGUGAACAAUUGAUGGCAGAUGAAAUAUCUAGCCUUAAUGAUUUGGUUAAUGAAACCAGAGAAAGCAAUGAUAGAAUGGCCCAACGCCGUGUUCAGUGCAAUUCAGAGCUCAUUGCCAUGACUGCUGAAAAAGAGAAGCUUGAAAUUGAGUGCCUUGCUGCAAAGGGGCAGAUUGAGCAACUUGGUAAUUUGGCUUCUGAUUUGCAACAUAGAUUGGAGCAGAUGGAGAAGAAGAUGCAUCUUACUGGUGAGUUGUCUAAUAGUAAGGAAGCAAUGGCAGUUUUACAAGCUGAAAAUGCAAAUCUGGUUGAGCAUAACCAGCUAGUGAGAGAGGAGCUUGAUCGGGGUAAAAAUGAUGCUCUUACUAGACAGAAACUUGAAGAAGAUCAUGAUUUUCUUCUGAUUGAGAAUUCUAGACUGCUCACUGAGUUGCAUGGGCGCACGGAGGAUUUGCUCAAGGCUUAUGACAUGCAGGUGAAGCUUGAGGAUGAUCUGAAGGAAGCCAUGGGGCACCUAGAGCAACUUACAGUGGAUAAUGUUUAUUUUUCAUUCUGUCUCGGUAUACAUAAAGCCAAGCUGAGAGAAACAAAUGACCAUUAUUGGCAGUCACAGACCAAGGCAUCAGAAACCUCUUCUCAGCCCUUGGGUUUUAUGGUUGAUAACCGAGGACACAUGGAAUCUAUGGAGACCUCAAUGUUGAAGUCAAUUGGCGAUUCAGAGUCUGGCCAAAUGCAACAAGAAGGGGGGGAAGACCCCGAUCAUGGGGAUGACUUGCUUUUGAUGAAGGAGCACUUGCAUGUGAUGGGGAAAAUGAUGGCAAAUCUUGAGAAGGCGAUUCAUGGGUUGCAAGCUGAGUCGGUAUCCUCAGGAAAGACUGAUGAGAAAGUUUCUUCUGGGGUUUCGAAGUUGAUACAAGCCUUUGAGUCCAAAACCCAUCAUGAUGACGAAGACGAUGUAUUGACUGAAAGCAAUAUCUCUAAAGAUUCUUUUGAGAAGGUUGGCAAAAGGGGUGUAAUGAUCCCAGCUAGUGAUGCUAAUUUUGGUGUGGAUUGGCUCAAGGUGGCCAAUGAGGAAGCAAACAGUCUCAAAGCAGCCUUGAAUCAGCUUGAUUCAGAUAUGAAAAAGGCCCAUAAGCUGUUAAAGCAAGAAGAGGAGAGUAAUAAACUUGCUAGUGUUGCCUUGAGGGAGGUCGAGGUUGAAUAUGACUUACAAAAGAAACAAAAAGAAAGCCUUGCUACUAAUAUGGCUGCCUUGGCUAAGAGGAAUGAAGAGCAUGUAGGUGAACUAGUCGAGCAUCAAGCUAGAUUAGAAGACCUGCACUCUCAGCUAAAUCAGAUCCAAGGAAAUGCCGCUGAGACAGCACGGAAACUGACUGAUCAAAUAGAAUGGCUCCAAAGAGAAGUGAACGAGAAGUCUGCCAUUGUAGAGCAAGAAAGGGAUUCAUGUAAGGCUGUAAUUUUUGAGGCCAUUGCACCUCUCAAAGACAUUCAAUCUGCCUAUUCUGGACACACCUACUUGGAUAAUUCUGAUGUUUUUCGGUGUCUCUUUGAUACUGUCACUGCUGCUGUGAAUUCAAUAGAUGAUUUGCAUGAGAGGCUUCUAGAAUCUCGUGUGGAAAGUGAAAUUUGGCAUGGCUUGUAUGAAGAGCUUAGAAAAGAGUGCUUUGCUUUGCAUGAAAAAAAUCAACUUGGUCUCCAUAUGUUAGAUAAGGUCCAUACUAGCAUGAGAAAAUUGGUUUUCAGCCCCCUUGGGACUCACGAAGAGACAGAGAUGGGUCUGAAUUCUGAGGCAGUAGUGGCUGUUUUGUCCAGUAGAUUUGAGUUUCUUGUUGAACAACUACAGAGCUUAUUGGAUGAAAGAGUGCACCUUCUUUAUACCAAAAGUAAUUUAGAAAUGGAAUUGUCAGACAAAAUUCAAAUUAUUGAAGAUUUGAAUGAGAAGAACUUGAGGAAGUUGGGGGAGAAUGAGAUCCAUGGAAAAAAUGAGAAAGUCGAUAAAUCAGUUGCAGUUAUGUCUUCUGAUGUUGUGCUUCAAGAAGGCUCCACGGAGUUGCAGCAGUCACAACCAGAUGUGGAGUCAGAAGCCAUAAUAUCCAAGUCAAUUGAAGCUAUUGAAUGUGCAAUCCAAGCUGAGGCUUCACAGUUGCUCGUAGUUGUAAAUAAGCAAUCAGUUUCACAUCUGGAAACUUUGGUUCUUCUGCUCAUUGAGAAAUACAGAGAAACUACUCGGCAACUCAGUUUGCUGGAGGAGUACUUGUGUGAAUUCACUUCUAGGCCCAAACUUCCACAACAGGAUAAGAAGAUGCCUCUUGAUACCAUGUUGAGGGAAGAGUUUCAAAAGAAGGUGUUUGAAUUGAGUGAAUUGAUGGAGAAAAUUCAUGAGUUGAGUAGUUGGAAAGCUCAACAUGAAGAUGAUACAAGGGCUCUUAAAGAAAGUUUGCAAAAGAUGAAGGAUGAUCUAAAACAGGCUUUAUUGGAGAAGAGGAACAAAGAGACUGAACUUGAGCACUCAGAGCAAAGACUAGUGUCUGUGAGGGAAAAGCUCAGUUUAGCUGUUGGAAAGGGGAAAGCUUUGAUAGUGCAACGAGAUGGGCUGAGACAGUCUUUAGCUGAGAUGUCAAAUGAGUUGGAGAAGUGUUGCCAAGAGUUGCAGUCUAAAACUAUGGCAUUUCAGGAAGUUGAAGCAAAGCUGAAUUCCUUUGGGGAAGCCGGGGAACGUGUUGAGGCUUUAGAAUCUGAGCUUUCCUAUAUACGACACUCGGCUACUGCAUUGAGAGAGUCAUUUUUACAGAAGGACUCUAUUCUUCAAAGGAUCGAAGAGAUUUUGGAGGACUUGGAUUUACCAGAACAAUUUCACUCUGGAGAUAUAAUUGACAAAGUCGGGUGGUUGGUGAGAUCCAUUGGAGGAAAUCCUUUGCCUGCUGCUACUUGGGAAAACAAAAUUUUAGCCGAAGGGUCGUAUUCUGAUGCGGGUUUUGUGGUUCCAGAGACUUGGAAAGAGGAUCGUAUCCUUAAUUCAAAUGCCGAUUAUGAAGAUUUGAAAAGAAAUUAUGAGGACCUUCAGAGUAAGUUCUACAGUUUGGCUGAGCAAACUGACAUGCUUGAACAGUCAUUGGUGGAAAGAAACAGCCUCUUGCAAAGGUGGGAAGAGGUUUUGGAUCGAGUCGAAAUGCCCCUUCCGUUGAGGUCAAUCGAGCCAGAAGAUAGGAUUGAAUGGUUGGGAAGAGCACUUUCUGAGGCUCAAUACGAUAGAGCUUCCCUUCAGGAGAAGUAUGAGAACCUUGAAUCCAAUUGGGGUUCUGUUUUGGCUGAGAUUGAUACUUUACGAAAUAAUUUAUCCAUCCUCGAGGCUGCCCAUGCUGCCAUUAUCCAUGAAAAGGAGAUCAUUUCUGAAAGUUUGGCAAAAUUGAGCCUUGAACACAGAGAGGUGCUUGAUAGAAAUGCUCAAGAUAAACAGGAAAAUGAGAAAUACAAGAAACAGAUUGGUGAUUUGCAAGAGCAAAUUCUUGAUCAAAAUGUUGGCACUGAAAAUGAGAUUAAAAGGUUUCUCAGUGUGGUGAAUGAUGCUUUACCCAGUCAUGAUGUUCCAGAUUUGUCUUUCAAUAACAGUGUCGAUUGCUUAGAAGCAUCUCUAGUGAAGCUUAUAGACAAUUACCAUGCUCUCUCUGUGGAGAUAUCUGUACUUAAAGAUUCAAAAAAGGAACAAGGUUCAGUAGAAGUAGCUGAAACAGUACAGGACAGGGGAAUAGAUGAAGCACCAGAUGUUGAUGACCAUGACAAAAUGACCUUGAAGGCAGGGCUCGAAGAGGCUUUAUCUACUCUGGUCCUUGUAAAGGAAGAGCGAGAUCAAGCUCUUGAGAAAUGUGAACGUUUGAUUGAAGAAACAAUAGUUCUAGGUAAAGAAAGGGAUGAUUUGAGAGAACAACUUACUCAGGAGGAGCAGAAAUCUGCUUCUGCAAGGGAGAAAUUAAGUGUUGCAGUCAGGAAAGGAAAAGGAUUGGUGCAGCAGAGGGACAGUAUGAGGCAGACCAUUGAUGAGACGAAUGCUGAGGUAGAACGGUUGAGGAGUGAGCUUCAUAUACAAGAGAAAACCAUUAAAGAAUAUGAGGUUAAGACCAACCGACUGUCAAGCUAUUUAGAGAAAUGUGAAGUCCUCGAAUCUGAAAAUGUUCUCUUAAGGAAUAGACUAGAAGAAGCUGAUAACUCCUUGGAGGAUACCCAUAAAACCUUUAGUGGGAUAUUGACUUCCAUACAUGCCAUAGAUGUUCCCGGUGAAACCAAUUUUGCUGAUCCUUUGAAGAAGAUUGAAUGGAUGGGGAAGUUAAUUCCUGAUUUGCAAUCGAGGAUUGCUUCUUCUGAGCAAGAAGUGAAGAAAUACAAAAGAGCGGCAGAUCUACUUGUUGAAGAGUUGAAUGCAGUUCAAGAAAGAGCUGAUAACCUGCAGGAGGAACUAUCUAGGGCAGAAACUGAGUUGAUGGUUCUUUCUAAACAGAAGGAUGCAUCUGAAGCUGCAAAAGCCAAAGCCAUGGCACAACUGGAAGAGUCAGCAAUAGAACAAAACAGCCAACAACGUAAAUUGGUGGAGCUGAAAGAUGGCAUGGAUCUUUUGAAAGAAGAGUGUUGUGCUUUGUCUCAUAUGCUAAGCCAUGAUACUAGGAAGAAUCUGGAGCUACUUGGAAAUGUGGAAGCUGGUCUUAAGUCUCUUUUGAACAUGCUAGAAGCCUCUAGCUUAAUUGAUGUUCCAUCUACUGAUGCUGAGGUCUUCUCCAGUAUUUUUCAAGAGGAGAAGUAUCCUUCUGCUACAAACUUGUUGAAGCCAGAGAGGAACUAUGAGGACCAGGAUGACCUUCUUAGCCCUGUUACCCAUGGCCUACAAACUUGUGUGAAGGCAAUUAAUGUUUUUAAAGGAAGAUUUCACGGACACUCCGCUGCAUUUGACCAGAAAACUAAUAGGCUGUUAAAUAUCAUGGAAGCUGCUCGAGACGAAGUAGCUUUAUGCAGGAGGAACAUGGUAUCUUUAAAGCAAGAUAUUGCUAGUUUUGAGCUGAUCAAGAAAGAAAAAGACAGUGAAAUUAAUACAUUGCAUCAACACCUAAGUUUUCUUUAUAAUGCGUGCUACAGUUCAGUUUUGGAAAUGCAAAAUCAAAAUACCCGAAUGCUUAGCACCGCAUUGUCUUCUUCAUUGAAUGCCCUGGAAACUUCCACUGAUAGAAAGACCUUUAAAUUCUCUGAGGAAUCUGUCAAGAUGAUGGUAGAGACAUUGUUAUUGGCUGUUAAAGAGUGCACAAAUAUGCAAGCAGAGAUGGUAGAGGGUACCCAAAAGGAAUUUAAAGCUGCCAUAUCACAUUUGCAAAGAGAAGUACAGGAAAGGGACAUCCAGAAGAACAAAAUUUGUGCUGAGCUUGUAAACCAAAUUAAGGAAGCAGAAGCAGAUGGAAAAAACUACUUGCAAGAACUAGAUUCUGUCAAAGCACAGUUGCACGCUUGCGAGAAACAGGUAAAAUUAUUGGAGGAUGAACGUAACAUGUAUGUGCUUAGAGUAAAUGAGCUUGAGAAUUCAGUCACCUCCUCAAAAGAGUUACAGGACCAACUUGUGUCACUGACUGAUAACUUAUCUGCAAAAGAGCAAGAGAUUGAAGGCCUCCUGCAAGCACUUGAUGAAGAAGAGACACAGAUGGAAGCUAUUGCAAGUAGGGUUCAAGAGCUCGAAAGGAUCAUACAACAAAAAGAUAGGUUCUUGGAGAAUCUUGAAGCUUCUAGAGUCAAGGCUGUUGCGAAGCUUGCAACAACUGUAAGCAAGUUUGAUGAGUUGCAUGAGCUUUCAGAACACCUGCUCGAUGAGGUCGAAAAUCUUCAGUCGCAGUUGCAAGGUCGGGAUGAGGAAAUUUCAUUCUUGCGUCAAGAAGUGACAAGGUGUACAAAUGAUUUACUUGGUUCAGAAGAAAGGGCUAAAAUGAGUUCAACCGAGGUAAAUGAGUUGUUUACAUGGUUGGAAACUAUGGUUUUGUGGUUUGUGGCACCUGGUUCGAAACCUGAUGAUAAUGGGGGCAAUAAGAUUGGUGUGCACAUGCAAUUUCUAGAAAAGCAGAUUGCAUCUGUUUUAUCUGAGUUAGAAGAUCUACGGGUGAAAUCUAAGAGUGGAGAAGCAGCGGUGCAAGAUGAAAGGGGUAGGGUCGAAGAGUUAUUAAAAAAGGUGCAAUUUCUUGAGAAUUCCAUGAAUGAGAAGGAAUCUCAAUUGCGGAUAUUACAAGUAACAAGAGAUCCUGGACAGUCAGCAGUGCCAGAGUAUUUAGAUGCUGAAUCAAUGGGACAUAGGGGCAAAAGACCAGUUCCUUUGGGCCCUGUUACACCUCAUGUGAGAAGUGGGCGCAAGGCCACCAAUGAUUAUAUUGCUCUAACUAUGGAUACUGAGGAUUCUGGAAACACAGUAUUAGAGGAUGAAGAUGAUGAUAAAGCACAUGGUUUUAAAUCACUUACUACAUCAAAGAUUGUGCCAAGAUUUACAAGACCCAUAGCAGACAAGAUUGAUGGAAUAUGGGUCUCUGGUGAACGUGCCCUGAUGAGGCAACCUACCUUAAGGCUUGCAACUGUAUUUUAUUGGAUUGCAGUACAUUUAUUGCUUGCGAAUACUAUCAUCUGAGAAAAGAACGCCUAGGUUUCGCUGAUUAUGAUAUAUUUAGUUAGAGAAAAUAAGAGAUGUACCAAUGCCAUUUUGGGGGGUAUAAUAUAUGCCAUUUAUAUAAUGCAUUCUUUCAUAGACUAGACUAGAUCAGAUUAUUAUUUUUUGCCAUAUCGGCAGCUGUGAUUUCCAGUUUUUGUCUAUUAAAUCUCAGUUUGCCUUGGUUGCAUUCAAUAAAGCAUGCUACCACACAACAGCGGUCACAAUUCUUCAUCUGUCAUACAUGACUAUUUAAGAGAGAAGAUUUAUACUGAGUAGCUAUGAUGUAACUCAUUUGUAAACAGAAAAUUUUUAUAAUAGAUGAAAAAUAUUUGGGGUGGGUGGCCCGACUUUCGUGUUCGCCCUGUUUUUCAAGA